AUGGCUUCCGGCUCAAACAGGCCGUUUAAGCUUCCCCUUGGUCCCCUUUCGCGCUCUAAAGAUGGCGACCAUUCCUCCGAAUCCGACUAUCCGGGCGGCCGUCGCGACUCCAUGGCCGCCCUCUCCAUCUCUUCCCAUGUCAACCAGGAACAGCUCGCUAACACCCUUGACCGAAUUCACAACACGGCAAGCCAGUCCGGAGUACUGACCACCUUCAACGAUUUCGCUCCGCCUCCACCACCGGGUACUGUGCCUGUCACCGAGAGCAAGGGGACUACGGGCGAGUUGGUACAGCAAGGCCUGAGUGGUCUCUACAGCCGUUUCAAGGAGGUCGUCGGAGUGUCAGGGAAAUCUUCUGCCCAGGAGGCCGAAAGUUCUACUAGCUUUCAGGAUGCCGCGUCCAAGAAUCCCAAGAGCCCGAUUCCCAAUAGCUCCAACAACAGUAGCACCAAGAUAUCGAUUCCCUCCCUUCCCAAGGGAGACAGCUCGUCCAUCAAGUCGCCUUUUGAUGCGAAAUCACCUUUUGAUGCGAAAUCACCUUUUGAUGCGAAAUCACCUUUUGAUGCGAAAUCACCUUUUGAUGCAAAAUCGCCCUUCGAUGCAAAAUCGCCCUUCGAUGCGAAAUCACCCUUCGAUGCGAAAUCACCCUUUGAGGCAAAGUCCCCUUUUGAAGCCAGGCACACCUUUGAUGGGCCCGCCUCUCUCGAGAUCCCACCCUUCAUGUCUACCGGCACAUCACCGGUUUCGCCGACCACCAUACCGGCGGACCUCCAGUCGCCCCCGCAGACAACCAGACCACCAUCACUUGCUACGCUGCAGAGCCUCAAGACCGGAAACUCGAGCACACAGACAAUUCCGAGGGCGGGAAGGACGCCCCAGUCAACUGCUGCCAGCCCUACCGUUGCCCCCUUUAUGCCAAAAGCGCCGUUUGAAAGGGAAAGCUCUAGGGGUCCGGCCAGACACCUCGACGAACCCUCAAGCUGGGGUUCCAGCCGGCGGAGCAUCAGCAGACAUGGUGAUGGAUUCACCCCGCCUGGCAUCGCCGUGAGAACAAGUGUAGAUAGCGCAACGGCCGCUUUGGCGCACAGUAGAAGGGAGAAUGACGUGAGUAUCGACAACGGCAUCGACAGCCCCAUGAGCCCGUCUAGGCCUAUACCAGAUUUGCGCAUCUCCUCUGCCUCCUCGCGCUUGUCUGAGACCAGCCAAACUAAGCGAAGGCCUGCCAUUAUUGACCGUAUAAGUCAGUCAAGGGGUCAUAGCCACUCCAGGUCCUCGUCUCUGGAGCCCGGCAAGGCAGAGCCCAGCCCCAUUAGCACAUCAGCGCACAGUACGGUCUAUCAUGACUCGUUUUCUCAUAAUGUCAAACCACAGAGGUUGCAGUCAGGAGCCAUGAAAAUCCCAGGCACCACGACAAAUGAGGGCGCCCCGGAGGUCGUCAAUGCUAGGUUAGAAAUGAUGAGGAAGCAGGUCCUGAGCAAAGAGUUCUGGAUGAAAGACGAAACCACCAAAGAAUGCUUUGCCUGCGGUAGCCCAUUUUCUGCCUUCCGACGAAAGCAUCACUGCCGCACUUGUGGCUGCAUCUUCGAUUCAAAAUGCACCUCUACCGUUUCAGGACAGAAGUUCGGCGUUCAGGGAACGCUUCGCGUCUGCAAGAAUUGCUUGGAGGUUAUAAACCGCCGCUAUGAAAGCGGUUCCGAUGAUUCAGGGGAUGAGCCCUUUUUGCCCGCCAUGUUUCGUUCCAACCAGACUAAGCCGCCUCCUCUUCCAGCUAGACCUCAGGCGGACGACGAGGUUAGUAUUGCCGAGCGAACAGAGCAAGCGAAUGACACAAGGUCCGCCAAAACGCCGAUGAUGGCGAUUCCAGCCACGCGGCGAGUUGGUGAUAGCAAUCGUCACUCUGCAGUUCUGGAAAUUGACAUGCCACAGCUCAGCCGCCCGGGGUCAUCUCGGUCGCUGAGAUCACUCGCGGCGGGAAGACCUCAAUCAUCUAGCCAUCGCAGGCUUCAUUCAAAACAUACGUUCUUGACUAGAUUCAAGUCCACUACAACUGAUAACAGGGCACCUUUUCGCAAGCCUGCUAGCGAAGAACUUGGGAGGAAAUCGAAACUCAGCGCCUUCCACGACGACAAUAUCAUUGACCCAGAACUUGCGCCCUACAUGUCGGACGAGUCAAGCGAUGAUGAGCAAAUGAGUAGCAUAUUUGCAACCCUAAACAGCAACGAUAUGCCAGCGGCCAGCUUUGAUCCUGACAAAGCAGGCACGGCUGCCUUUAUGAACGCUGCAAACAGAAAACACAGGUUCCGCCACGGCGAAAAGAGCACCAGCGGACUUAGUUAUACCAGCAGAGGCCACGACGACACUGGCUUACCAACUCUUCCUCUCCAUACCCGGCCAACCAGGAAGAGAAACCUCAGCACUGCAAGUGUCACGGGCCACCCGCUGCGAUCACCACGCCCGAGAUCGGGUAUCUUCAGCCUCAUGCUGAACACUGGCCCCUCAGCUGACGCCUUGUCUGUAUGGGAUAAUCCCGGAGUUGUCGAAGCAUCUACGCUCAGCAGAAGGGAUUCUUAUUUCGAGGGCAGGUCAUCAACUGGCGGUCUUAACCCCACGAGCAUGAGCCACGUCAAAAAGCUUUUCCGACAACUAUUGAACGAUGCAGAUAUUCCCAACCCUUCAGCGUGGGAAAAGGCCCUCAUCCCAAUCCUUGACAGGUGUGCGGAUGAUGUCGACCCGGACAUCCGCAACGGAGAUGACAUGGACAUUCGACACUGGAUCAAGCUGAAAAAGAUACCCGGCGGCAAACCGGGCGAUACUGCUUACGUCCAUGGAGUUGUCUUCUCCAAGAACUUGGCCCUCAAGACCAUGCCCCGCAAGAUCGAGAAUCCCAAAAUCGUCAUCAUCACUUUCCCAAUCGAGUACCAGCGGCACCAGGAGCAGCAUUUUAUGAGCUUGCAGCCGGUCAUAGAGCAGGAAAAGGAGUAUCUGAGGAUGGUGGUGAACAGAAUCCUAAGCCUCGAGCCUCGGGUGUUGCUCGUCGAAAAGAACGUCUCUGGCGUGGCUUUACAAUAUCUCUCGGAAGCUGACGUUGCGGUCGUGUAUAACGUCAAGCCGUCGGUCAUUGAGGCUGUGUCCAGAAUUGCCAACAUUCCCAUCAUCUCAUCCAUGGAUAUGCUAAGCUUGGGCGCCCGCGUCGGAACUUGCCAAAACUUUGAUGUCAAGACCUUCGUCAACAAGGAGCUCAAAGGCAGGAAGAAGACUUACAUCUUCAUCUCCGGUUGCCCAAAGGAGCGCGGCUGCACUAUUGCUCUUCGCGGUGGCUCGACCGAGGUCCUAUCUCGCAUGAAGAGGAUCACCGAGUUCAUGGUUUACGUGGUUUACAACCUCAAGCUCGAAUCCUGCUUGAUGCGCGAUGAAUUCGUUUAUGUGCCUCCGGAGCUCGAGUCUCCUCCACGGCCAGCCACAAAGCUCCUGGGUGAUGGUAGUCCGGCCCCGUUGUCAAGCAGUCCAGGCACACAAUCAGGGGACAAGCCCGCUCAUAGCGUGGCCGAACAGAUCCCACGCAACGACCAGCUCUCUGAACCCUGUCAGGCAACUGACAAGCCUAGCGAGAACACGGUAUUGUCUGGGGGGCAUCCAGCCAACGACUUCGACACCAGCUCAUCAAUCAAGGAGGAGACUGCGGAGGAGCUGGCUCGGGCUGAGUCGGAAACAAAUGAAGACCACGCCGCGGAUGACUUGCCCAUGCCCACGUAUUACGGUGACAUGGUCGCCAAAUACGAGACCAGAAUUCUCUCUGCAUCACCCUUUGUCAAGUUCACUCAACCAUAUCUGCUCAUGAGAGCCCGAGAGCAGGAGAGGCGUCUGGUGUACCUCAAACGUCUUCGCGACCAGGACAUUGUCGAAGAGUUUGGAGAAAGCGAAAAAAGUGAGCCGCAGCCUAGGCAGUUUCAGCUUAUCCAGCCCGAAAUGGUUCAUGAGCUUGGGCAAAAGGCUCCGCGUCACAUCAUGGAGGUGCUCCAUGCUGUCCAUGAUGCGGAAUACGACAAGGCCUUGUAUAACUACCAGACCCAAACUCGACAAUGGGAGAAUUACAUCCAGGGAAGUCUCGACCUGUUUGAUCCGUACUCCCACCAGAGCAUCGUUGUCCUGUACUCGGUUACGUGCAAUGUGACCCAAGUUCCAUGCACUGAGCCCAGUGUGGUGGCUUUUGAGUUCUAUAGGGAGACUCCAGACGCUCUUGGUGGGAUGUACCAAGACUGCACCCUGGGGCAGUACAUCGAGGACGUCUGCGAAAGCGCUGACUCGAUCUGUCACUCCAACGGAUGCGACCGAAAGAUGUUUGAGCAUUACCAGACGUAUGUUCACGAAAACGCUCGAAUAACGGUCAUGGUGGAAGACAAGCCAAAGUGGCCAGAGAACUUCCCCGAAAAACCACACGAAAGGGAUGGCUGGAAAGAUGGCACAGGCAUCUGCAUGUGGAAUUACUGCAAGGUGUGCAACAAACACUUCGGACUGAUGCCCAUGUCAGUGAGCACCUGGAAGUACUCUUUCGGGAAGUAUUUGGAACUGUCGUUCUGGAGCCGUGGCCUACGUCUUCAUCCAGAGACAGGAUGCCCUCAUGAUCAUCAAAAAGACCAUGUCCGGUUCUUUUACUACCUUUAUCGCGACAUUGCCGUCAGGAUACACUACGAUCCGAUCGACUUGUACGAAAUCAUUGUCCCUAGAUCAAGGAUCACCUGGAAGGUAGAUCAUGACCUAAAGUUGAAGAAUGAAGUCUUUACCAAGGCAGAAGAGCGUUGGAACCGCUUUACCAACUCGGUCAAAGCCAGACUGACAAGGAAAGUACAAGAGGACCAGGCCGAGCUGAUUCGGGACCUUCAGGAGGCCUACAUGGGCUCAAAGUACUACGAGGUGCUCCCCAUGAACAGAGUUAUACGUCAAAUGGCGGAGAGGGCUACCGAAUGGGAUGUGGCUUUCACCAAAUUUGAGGCCGACUUUCUCUCGGACAAAGAUGUUCGCCAGUUGACUAUUAUCCAGCUGAAGAAGAUGUUUGAGCCAAAACCUGCAACCCCGGGUAACGAACUUGGGGAGAAACCGUCGUGUGAGACAGUUCACUCCAAUGCAACCAUCGGCGAACCGGAAGAGAAAGAAAAAUCAUCGCAGCCAACGGAAGAUGAAGGCCCCAGUCCCAAGACGCAUUCUCCAGUGUCUUCCGCGGCCAGGCCUAUUUCUGUGGUAAAGGAAGAAGCGGUGGGUGAAGCCGGGUCUAUUCUGGAACGAGUUGAGCCUCUUGACCUUGCAACUGCAUCCUCGCCUACGCUCAUUAGGAAUGGGGCAGAUCCGGUCCUGGAAGCAGCAAAGGUCACCUUCAACGAGCCAACUCCAACCGUCACAGCCGCAACCCCCCCACCUCUACCGACACCUCUCUCAAAGCUCAACGAAGCACCUCUGUUUACCGGUGGCGAACUGUCUCUGUCAGAUAUGAUCGAACUCAAACGCCGAGAGCAACAAGCAGCCAUACCCGAGGCUAGCACAUCUGCCGGCGGUGAGGGUUCAAUGGAAGGUUUCAGACCUAUUGUUAUACCGGAGCGCACGACAUCCCGUAAGGCGGGUUUGACGGUGUCGCCUCCUUUAACACGGGCCAUUUCACAACCGGUGGGAGCUAUUCCGAAGCUACAGUCCGCCAUUCCGAAGACUAAGGAGCAUAAGAUGCCAGAGCCGGGUGAUCUUGCGCGGGCAACAGGAGAGGGCUCAUCUCUCAAGGGAGAUAAGAAGUUCCUUGGGAUGAAGAUCCGUCCUUCUGCUAUCCCACGCUAUCGGCAUAGGAAUUCGAAGGUGUUCACUCUCGCACGGCACUUUGAGGAAUUGAGCCGAGAGUUUGAGAAGGAGCGAAUCAAGGACAAGAGAGAGCGGCAGGCCAAGAUGUCUUUCCCACGUGCAUAUCUGCCACGUUCUACUACGAAGGCGAUUGUGGAGAUCUACGAGGAUGUUGACCAGGCUGUUCAGGAACCCGGUACUGUGGAAGAAGGGAGCCAUUCUGGUGACAGAGACUCGAAGGAGAAGAGGCCAAUGGAGGGUUCUACUCCGACAGAUCAAUCCCAGGGGGAUCAUUCCAGGUUGUCUACAGAUCAGGGCCGCACUUCGCUUGGUGAAAUGCCAUCCCGAGAGCCUACUCCCGAAGAUCUAAAUCACGAAGCGGACGGAGACGAAGGACAAGACGAAAGCGAAGGAGAGUCCGACGAUGAAGGUGCAGAAAGCGAUGCCGACCGGUCAACAUAUACGUAUGACGAUAUCCCGACCGAUGUCAGGGACCUUGCUGCAUCCAUCGAGCCGAGUGAGGAAAUACCUGAGGAGCUGCCGAAGCACCAAAGGAAGAGCCUCAUGACCAUGCUCACCAACUUCUGGGCUGAGCGCUCCGCGAGUGGAUGGCCCACGCUUGACUACCCUUAUAAUUCGACGGACCACAUGUUCACGGACUCGAACGUGAUUGUCAGAGAAGACGAGCCAAGUUCUGUUGUAGCCUUUGCGAUGAAUUCCACGGAUUACCACGUCCAGCUUCGAAACAUUCGAAGAAACUCUAGGAGAACCCAGCAGCAACAACAAGCACAGAGGCAGCAGCAGAAAGAGCAACAGCAGCAACAGCAACAACAGCAGGAAUCACCCUCCCAGGAUCCCGAAGAGAGCAGCGACAGCGGCAUGCUAGAGAUUAAGGGCGGCGGCGCCGGUCCCGAUCUCAGCGAAGCCGAACUCGAGCAAAGCAUGCUUCGCCCCUUCGGCACUCACCUCAAGUUCCAAUUCAUGGAAGGCUCCGGCAAGUUCACCUGCAAAAUCUUCUUUGCUGAGCAAUUCGACGCUUUGCGGCGCAAAUGUGGCGUCGGCGACCGCAUCGUCGAGUCCUUAUCUCGCUGUCUUAAAUGGGACUCCAAAGGCGGCAAGACCAAGUCUGUCUUCCUCAAGACUUUGGACGACCGCCUAUUCAUGGCCCAAGCCCUUUUCCACGAUUUACCUUCAGUCAUCGCCAAAAUGCUCGGGUUCUUCCAAGUGAUUAUCAAGAACCCGCUCACCAACACCGAAGUCAAACUCGACCUCCUGCUCAUGGAAAACCUGUUUUAUGACCGCUCCCCAACCCGCACCUUCGAUCUCAAGGGCUCCAUGCGCAACCGCAAGAUCCAAUCCACGGGCGAGCAAAACGAAGUCCUGCUGGACGAGAACAUGGUCGAGUACAUCUGGGAAUCCCCGCUCUUCGCACGGGAGCACUCCAAACGUUUACUUAGGGCAUCCGUCUGGAACGACACCUUGUUUUUAGCGAGACAGAACGUGAUGGAUUACUCGCUGAUGAUCGCCGUCGAUGAGAACAAGAAGGAGCUGGUGGUGGGCAUCAUCGAUUGCAUCCGCACGUGGACGUGGGAUAAGCGAUUGGAAAGCUGGAUCAAGGACCGCGGGUUUGCCGGAGGAGGCAGGAACCGCCCCACGGUCACCAGUCCGAAAGAGUAUAAGAGUCGGUUUAGAGAGGCUAUGGCUAGAUAUAUCCUCCAAGCACCUAAUUGCUGGCAUCACUUUGGUACUGGCCCAUCCGGUACUCCUUCCCUAAGGGCUGUUGGGCCAGCUCCUGAUUCUGCUCACGCUCCUGCUCCUGCUCCUAGGACGACUAGAUUCGCGGCGGGGGAUGUUGGUGGUACUACUACUUCGUCAGCGUCGGUAAGGGGGCCGUCGAUGAGAGGAUCGGUUAGGGGGUCGGUUAGGGGGGUGGAAUAG